AUAACUAUAUCUCUAUUUGAACCUCCAAACCAUGGGGGCCGGUGGACGAAUGAACGUUGCUGCAGCCUCCGAUAAACCCCACGCCUUCAAACGUGUUCCUGUCUCUAAGCCUCCAUUCGAGCUUAGUGAUCUCAAGAAAGCAGUUCCACCACACUGUUUCAAACGAUCUCUUGUACGCUCCUUUGCAGCCCUUUUCCGUGAUAUUAUUAUCGUCACUGUCUUAUACUAUCUCGCUGCUACUAUCAUUCCGGUGCUCCCUAAACCCCUUACAUACGUAGCAUGGCCCCUUUAUUGGUUCUUCCAAGGAGCUUAUCUUAUGGGUUUGUGGGUUAUCGGUCACGAGUGCGGCCAUCAUGGYUUCAGCGAGUAYCAAUGGCUCGAUGACACUGUUGGUUUCAUCGUCCACUCCUUGAUUCUCACUCCCUACUUUGGAUUCAAAUACAGCCACCGCACCCACCAUGCUAACACCAACUCCAUCGAAUACGAUGAGGUUUGGAUCCCCAAACGCAAGUCUGAUAAAUUGUACUCUGAAAUUCUAAACAACCCACUCGGCUCUUUUGUAGUAUUUGUGUUCAAGAUCGUUCUUGGAUUUCCCUUGUACUUCGUGUUCAAUCUUUAUGGAAGGAAGUACGAGAAGGGAAUCACGAGCCACUUUUACCCAUAUAGUCCUAUCUUCAACGAUAGCGAGCGCUUUCAGAUCUUUCUCACGGAUCUUGGAGUAUUUGGCACWUUGUACGGGGUAUACCGUCUUGCGUURAUAAAGGGCACAGAAUGGGUGAUCAACUUCUACGGAAUGCCCAUCCUUUUUAUGAGUGGAUUCUUCAUCCUAUUGACAUAUCUACAUCACACUCACCCUUCCAUCCCUCACUACGAUUCGACUGAAUGGGACUGGCUUAGAGGUGCUUUAGCCACUGUGGACAGAAACUUUGGAUUCUUGAACCAUGCUUUCCAUGAUGUAACCCGAACUCAUGCCGUACACCAUCUGUUCCCAACCAUCCCACAUUACCAUACUUUCGAGGCAAGGCUGGCGGUGAUGCCGAUCUUGGGUGAUUACUACAAAUACGAUGAUACCCCCAUUCUAGAGGCGGUUUGGAGAGAGACAAAAGACUGCAUCUUUAUCGAACCAGAGGAGGUUAAUGGUGAGAAAAAGGGUAUUUACUGGUUCUACAAGUAGAGAAAUGAUGAUGAUGAGAGACCUAGCAAAAGGAUCGAUAGGAUUUACUGCACCAAACCAUUCCUCGAAUUAAUGUGUUUUCUGAUCCUUCAUUGUUGUUUGUAAAAUAAAUGUUAUGUGAGAUGGUUUAAACCGCACGAAUGAAGAAAAGCACAAAGUUUGUUACAAAAUAUGGAAAUUCCAAACGUAUUUUUUCUUUA